GCAAUAGCCAAAUAAGGCUAGAUCUUGGUUCUGUACUUAUCGACUUUGUUGUUUGCACAUGCAUGUUUGAGUUAGUGCAUACCGGAGUACGCUUCAAACAUCUAAGCUGUGUUACGUUUACAAAUUAUAAUAUUUCGCUUUAUUUCCGGGCGAAUAAAUGGCAAGUGUAAACAAAGAUUUGCAAACUGGGCUUAGUGAGGAAACCCUUGAUAGAGAAACGUUUGUAAGUCAGCUAGAAAGCUCGUCUAGUGUGGAAGAAGACAAAUCAUCCGGGAUUUCAACCUGGGAAGGAAAACAAGAAAUUGGCCGUGACUGGCAGUCCUUAGGUAGAGAAUUGAAGUUUCCCAAAACUACCCUGGAUGAUAUUUCAGAUGACAAAAGCAACCAUACUAACAAAGACAAAGCCCAUGCUUUGCUUAUCAAGUUCAUUCAACAACAUGGAAGUGAUGCAACCAAAGGCUGUCUGGCUAAAGCAUUGAUCAAAAUAGACAGGCGAGAUAUUGCUGAAAACCUCAUAGGCAAUGAGCAUUUUACGAGUAAAACAUCGCACGAACAGAUGUUCUUUUUAAAAGAGGAAAGAAGCUUUAAAAUCCCUGAAGAAAAUGGCCAAGAUGUAAGAUUCUGUCGGAACAUCCAGAAUGGCAAGUUGUACCUUGUAAGGGAGCUGACUGGGACGGAAUACGAAGAAUCUUGCAAGGCAUUAAAGCAAGAGGACGCUAUUGCCGAUUCCACCCUAAAUUCCCUUGAUGUCCACGAUAUCGCGGAGGAAGAAAGACAGAAAAAGGAAAACCAAAAGUUUAAAGAGGCCCAAGACAAGAUAACGAAACUCCUAAAAAGGUUUCAAGAGCUAACCAACCGCAUUCAAAACCAGAAGAGAAAUGUCUUGUCACAGUUACAUGAAGAAAAGACAUCACUUGCAGAAAUGCAGAUGCUAGGUACAGGUUUGCUCCAGUUAACUGGCAUUGUCUCACAUUUGAAGGACCAAAUCCCUCUUCAGGCGCAGAUGUACAGCUUUUCUCUCGGGCUGUGUGCGAUACUCAAAGACUUGGAGGAGAGAGUGAAGGUGCUGAGAGGAAUGGCUCCCAGCGGCGAAACUCAAAGAUUUGAGAAAGUGCUAAACCAAUGUCGAAACCUGACAAAGCAAGUGCAAAUGAAUGAAAACCGUUUUUUAAAACGCUCUCAAGAGGAUACUCUUGAAGGUCAACUGCGUCCUCGGAUUAGUGCCCGCCCUCUGCUCCCCAAGCAAGAACGAGUGGGUAUCCGGUAUCCUGGAGUUAGGAUUGUCAGACACAAGAGAGCCAAUUGAGAUAAAUUCAUUAACUUUACCAAGUGUUCACUAAUAACAUACCGCGAUGCUGGCAAGAAGGUAGGUAUUAAGUUGAUUUCAUUGUCUUCUAUUAUUGUAACGGGGGUAAAGAAGAAAGAUUCAGACUGGGGAACAUUAUCGGCAAGUUUUUUACCUAUUGUUGCGAAGAAACUAUUCAUGAUGUUAGGUAAUUUUGAAGGAUUAGUUGUUACUUCAUCAUUAAUAGAUGGAUCUUUAAGAGCCGAUAUUUGAUAUUUGCCCUCUUUGGCAUGCAGUAAAGAAUUAAUUGUAGCCCAAGUUUUUCUUGUAUUGUUUUGGUUUUUCUUGAAAAGGUUAUAAUAAUAUUGAAUCUUACUUAAUCAAAUAAGAGAUGUUAAUCUAUUUCUGUAGUAAACAUAUUUUCCCCUGUUACCAUUGAUGACUAGUUGGUUUUUGACUUUAAUUGACUCACGAAUGCCUUGAGUGAUCCAUAGCUUAGAAAAAGAUAUCUCAUACUCAUUAAUGAUUCAUGAGUAAACCAGCCAAUCAAUGGGCUAUUUUGGGUCACAUGAUGUUACUUGAAACCUGGUAAAGUCAUGUAAAAGGACUGAAUUCAGUCUGUAGUAACUGGAACAAAAUUAAUUCAGUCCUAGGACUGAAUUAAUAUUGUUCCAGCUACUCCAAGUCGAAUAAUAAUGAGCACGAGAAGUCAUUUCAAAGCCUCCAAUAUUGGACUGGACGGGAUUUCAAGUCCGCGCAAUUAGUUACAGUCCGAGGCGGAUCCCGUCCAGUCCUCGUUGUCGGCUUUGAAAUAUUACUUCAAUCUACGUUUAGAAACAGCAGAGAUUGGGGCAACUUUGUUAGCAAUAUUAUUUAUCACAUACUGAUCAACAUUUUGCGCUGGUCGAUCAUGAGAGAACAGUAUUUAGAUCAAUACUUGAAAGGUCUCUAAGAAAGUUCUUCUCUGCGUGCCUUCAAAAAAAACCUAAUUUGCGUCCUGUGGGGUAGUUGAAUUUUAUGUUGCUGGAAUUAUGCCAAAUUGAGAAAAGUGGUCGCUUAUAUCAGAUACGACGUUACCGCUAAAAAUAUGGCGGUCUAAUUGAUUAAUAAAAAUAGAUAGAUCAUGACUGUAAUUACUCCUUUAAUCCUUUCAAGGUGAUGCAAUGCUAAGACAAAUAACUGAGUCUGUUAAAAUUAGCAGAGAAGAAAAAGAUAAAAUAGUAAAUAACAUAACAGAAUGGAACUUUAUGAAGAUCCCUAGAACAGUUAUAAUGUAAAUUUUCUUUCUUCUUUUUCAUUUAACAGCGCGCGAAAGUUUACAGCGCGCGCUCUCGUUCAUCAUGAUUAUAAACAGUAUAUCGCAACGUAAUCAUUCAGUUAGAUUCAGUUAGGUUGAUAAGGUCCUAAUAAACGGACGAAACUAGUCCCUAAACUGCCA